AUGGACCCGGCCAGAAAGCGCCAGAAAGUUUCAUCCGCCUGUGAGAGAUGUCGAAAACGAAAACUAGGGUGUGAUCAACAGCGUCCGUGCCAGUUAUGUCUCCGAGCCGGCGCAACAUGUGUCCCGCGCGGGGAGCUUGUGGCUCGAGCAUCUCCGACGAGUCCAAUCGCUGCACCAGUAGAGCAAAGGAGAGCUCCUGGUGAACGACAAAAUGCUCCCGUUCGUCCGAACGAUCGACAAACUGCAGUUCUCCCGGAGCUGAAUAUUGUCGACCUGAGUACCCGGAUGUUUCUGCGCGAUGAACAACAUCAAACACUGGGGUACGAUACCUCCGCCUUGCCCGGCGGCAAGAAGACAUACAGCCCGCUCCUCUCCAGUCCGAUACCAUGGAGAGAUGGAAUUGGUAUCCAGCUACCUCCACUGCAAAUCCUGGAUGAACUCGUUACCCAGUUUUUCGACUCCGUGGAUUGGUUUAUGAUGGUAUGUUCCGUUCUUGUGAUAUUGUUAGCUGUCCUCUUUACCACGUGUCCCACUGGUCUGAUGUCAUUCGGUCAGGUAUUCCACGAAGGGAGCUUUCGACAGCGAUACGCGAGUCUCAUUACUUCAGCGUAUGUUGCUGGACCCGAUAAUAACUUUCUCUGGCUUCUGAUGCUGGUUCUCGCUCUCGGCGCUCACUAUUCGUCACUUCGUGAGCCUCUCGAUGAGCAUCAUCGGAACCUAUCAGUUCUGUCCGAGACGCUUCUCACCCAGAUAGAAUACAGAUUCUUGCAAAUCAUUGGAUGUCCGAAUGUAGAAGCUGUGCAGGUUUGCGUUCUCCUGGGAAGCUUCCACCUAUUCAACGGUCGUCCGACGGUUGGUAUGGGUGUCUUAGGCAGUGGCAUUAAAAUUGCACAGGUCAUUGGAUUGCAUCGUGAAGCAAUGUGGCAUAAUCUUUCUGAAGUCGCGCGGGAGUCGAGAAGACGGUCGUGGUGGGCCUUGGAAGUGUUUGACAAGUAUGCAGCUGUGGCCUUUGGGCGGCCAUGUAGUAUAGACGAUUCUGAUUGUAAAAUUGGUAUGGUAACGGACGUGGGGGAAAUAAGUCCUCGGCAGGGCCCUCUCCUAACAUAUCAUCAAUGGAAAUUUAGACUCUAUCGCAUCAUGGGACCCUUCCUAGGGAGACGACUUCAGUCCAAUCGGCUCGAAACAGUCAGAGCUAUUCAUGGUCAGCUAGUCGCAUGGGAGAGAGAGUUGCCCGAUAGCCUGCGCCUGGAAAAAUACGGGGAAUCCGGUAGCUCGGGAGAUGCACCUUUAAUACAGCUGGCAGCGCUUGCUCUUCAGCUUACCUACGAUAAUCUUCGCAUCAUCCUUCAUCGGAGUGUUGCAUUUGGAGACAUUGGCCAUGAAGUUGGCUUAGCCGGAAGGGUAGUCGAAACCGAAAGCACCGCCUUCUCUCGUCAACAGCUGCUGGAGUCUGCACUACGAACCUCGGAACUGUACCGAUAUUCUCAUCUUCUGCAGGCCUCUCGUAGGACACACGCUGUGAUGCAUAUUGGGAUAUGCCUGUUUACAUCUGGUGUCGUCCUCUGCGCACUCUCCCUCAUGGAACCACUGUCCAUUACGAGCCAGAAGGCAAAAGCAGGCAUCAUGCAAAUCAUCCGGCUACAAAAGGAAAGCGUCUCGAAUCAGCAUGUUCUAUCGCUCCAAAGCGUCAGGAUCCUCGAAGAUUUGGUCAAUGUCGUCAUGCAGGCCGAACAACGAACAAUUCUUGGUGGCCCGAUUCCGGCGUCUAUAUCACAACCGAAAGGUCGCGCAAAGCGCGUCGCCGAUAAUGAAUAUACCGGUAUCAGUCAAAGCCAGACUAAUAUGAACGAAAACUCUGGUGGUGCGAAUACGACUACCCAAGCAUCCCUUACGCCUCUUCAGGAAGUUGAGUCCGGCCUUGCUGAUGCCAGCCAACUGUGGCUCUGGUCGGAUAAUCUCGGUUAUCAGUCGUUUGCUGAACUUGAACCGGAAGGUAACUGA